CGGCGUCAGUUACACUGCAGUACCGCCAGUCCCCUCGGUGUACAUGGGAUGGCGUGCUUUCCAACCGGAACCCUGGCCACUUGGGUUUUCACUCAUGCUACACAGAAAUGGCGGAGAAUACUGUGACGGUCACUGUUGCUUACGGUUCUACGAAGCACAGCAUCACGGUAACGGCGGACGGGAACGAACCGAUACUGGAAGACCUUUCUGAUGCUCUCCUCAUCUUUAAAGGGAAGUCACUGAAGGAGAUGGAGGAGAGUCUGUCCAGCUUUGGAAUCAAACAGGGAUGUAAACUCAUGAUGAUUGGGAAGAGGAACAGCCCAGAGGAGGAGUCCGAGCUGAAGAAGUUGAAGGACAUUGAGAAGUCAGUAGAACAGACGGCUAAGAAACUGGAGAAGGUGGAUGGAGAGCUGACAGGCCUGAAGAAUGGGUUCCUAGCUAAAGACCUGCAGGCUGAGGCGCUGGGGAGACUGGACCAAAGAGUGAAGGUGGCAUCUGAACAGUUCAUGAAGAUUCUAGAGCAGGUGGACUCUAUG